AUGGAGGCCACUUCUGAAUCUUCCGACGAAAAAGCCGCUAAUCUUCCCGUCAUUGAUCUCCGCCUUCUCUCUCAAUCGGAGUUAUACACUAUCUCCCUUUCUCACGCUACCGCCUGUAACCGUCACAUCGACGACGGUUGCGUUAUCCCUAAAAUUGACCGUUCUGUUUUCAAAGAGUCCGCCGGUAGCCGGAAACAGACGUUCUCUCGUCUUCGUCUCUUUCCUCGUAGCAACAACAAUCCGUACUCUCCCGUUCCUGUUCCGGUUUCUGCUGCCGUCGCUCCUGUUGCGGUUGUUCCCGCUCCUUCGUCUUCGGGAAGCCGCAUUCCCGCUGACGGAGAGAAUUCGCAAAUAAUCGAUCUCCUUCAAGAACUAUUCGGCGUUGAACCUCUCCGCGGCCCUUAUAAUGACCGUGCUAAUGACCGUGCUGUUCCGUUGCAAGUUGAUUUCAAACAACCGGCUCUUGAAUUUACGCCUCAGGCUGCUCAGGAUACUUCGGUUGAUGGUAGUCAGAGGAAGCGGAAGCGCGGAAGGCCUCGCAGGGACGAGACUCCGGUUUUAGCCAUUUGCGAUGGUAGUAAUGGGAAGGGGAUGGAAACGGGUGAUGAGAAGAAGGUAGAAACUGGUAAUGACAAGAAGAAGAGGAAGGUGGAAACGGCUAAUGAGAAGCAGGGGUUUGUUCUUGAUGAUGCUGGGGAUCCAUUUGUGGAGGAGUUGAUCGUGAGGACACAAGGGAUGAAUACGGAGCCAGAGUUGCUGGAGUUUUUGGAGGGUUUGAAUGGAGUCUGGGCAAGUGAUAGGAAGAAGAGGAGGAUUGUUGAUGCUAAUUGUCUCCGUGAUGUGCUGCCAACUGGGUGGAAGCUUAUACUUACUCUUCAGAGAAGAGGGGCUCGAGCAUCGGUGUUAUGUCGCCGUUACAUAAGUCCCGAUGGAGGCCAGUUUGAGACAUACAAGGAUGUUUCUUCACACUUGGUUUCUUUGUUCGGUGUUCAAGACGCGAGCCACUUAAAAUCUUGUUAUACUGAUGGUAGUAAGCAGUUCUCCAACAAUAUCAAUAUGUCAUCUGAAAAUAAUAUUGGUCCCGUCCCUACAGACGGUAUUAAGAUUGAUGCCAAUGCAAGUUCUCAUCAUGAGAAGCAGGCCACCAUAUCAUCACCAAUUGGAACUGAAAAGCUAAACACUUCUGAUGGGAAUUUAAAUGGUGUCCUGGCAGCUAUCGAUUGUGAAUUAGGUGAUGCCACCAAUGGAGCUUUUGGAGUCUCUGACCAUCCAACUGACGAAAAGCUACCACUGAAGGCAGAUAAGAAUGAUGCAAACUCAGUUCAGGAAUGCUUUCUUUCAGAGGACAGAGUUUAUAAUCAGAGUGUUGGUCCCACCCCUACAGGUGGUACGAAGAUUGACGCCAAUACAAGUUCUCAUCAGGAGAAGCAAAUUGGAACUGGAUGGUAUGAAACUGUUCCCUGUGGAAAUGAUCAAGCACGUGUUGGUGACAAUGGGCUUGGGCUUUCUUCCACAUUAAUGGAAAACCACAUCCAGAAAAUAGCUUCUGAAAGCAGCAUGCUGGUUCCAAAUUCUCAAGAUAUUUCUACUAAUGGUAAACUUCAGUUUUAUUCGGAAGGCUCUGUUGUCCCAUCCCAGAAUGAACUUAACCAUACAUCUAUAGAAAGUAUGGACAGGGAAGAAACUUCUGUGCUGAAGGACCCUGCUGAGACAAAAAAAAAUUACAAUGAUUUACCUGGGUUGUCCACUGAUGAGAGAACAUGGGAUCACAAUGAAUAUCUGAAUAAUAUUUCUUUUGAUCCCUGGCAACAAGAUGCAUCUGUGUCUGAUGUAAUUGAUUUUACUCCCAAUCUUUAUGUAACUAAUGGCUUUAGUGAUGAUCAUGCUCCUCCAGUAGACGAAGUUGCGACAAGCUGUUUACAGAAAACGGGUUCUCUGAAGGAGCAAAUUUGCACAAUGGACAAUCAGUUGCACAGAAGUUCUGAAAGUAACUUAUUUACUGUAGCCGGGAAUCAGCACCCAUCUGCUCUCCAUGAUAAUAUGGAUAACAUCUCAGCUGGAACCUUUGGUGCUGACAAGAAAAAUGAUGAUGGAGUUAAUAACGGAAAUACCUCUUGCUCAUCAGACAUAUACUUGAAGGCAACACUAUUUUGUUGA